AACCAAAAAGCAGAAUUGCCCAGCUCAGUACUGGGGAGGUGAGACGCAGGAGAUCCAGUGCAGGGGGAAAGCUUCAGGGCCCGAGGAUGGGGCAGGGACUCAGCAGCACGCCGGCCUGGGAGCUGGACAAGUUCAUAGAGGACCACCUCCUUCCUGACACCACCUUCCGUAAAGAUGUCAAAGCCGUCAUCGAUAUCAUGUGCACUUUCCUGAAGGAGAGAUGCUUCCGAGGCGCCGACCACCCUGUGAGGGUCUCCAAGGUGGUGAAGAGCGGCUCCUCGGGCAAAGGCACAGCCCUCAAGGGCAGGUCGGACGCUGACCUGGUGGUGUUCCUUAACAAUCUCCACAGUUUUGAGGAUCAGUUAAACCGACGGAGAGAGUUCAUCCAGGAAAUUAAGAAACAGCUCUACAAGUUUCAGAGAGAGAGACAUAUUUGGGUGAAGUUUGAGGUCCAGAGUUCAUGGUGGUCCAACCCCCGGGCACUCAGCUUCAAGCUGAGUUCUCCACAUCUUCAGCAGGAGGUGGAGUUUGAUGUGCUGCCGGCCUAUGAUGUCCUGGGUCAUGUCAGCAUCUUCAGCAAGCCUGACCCUGCAAUCUACAGAAGGCUCAUCAGUAAGUGCACCUCCUUGGGGAAAGAGGGCGAGUUCUCUACUUGCUUCACAGAGCUCCAGCGAAACUUCCUGAAGCGUCGUACAACCAAGCUGAAGGGUCUGAUCCGCCUGGUCAAGCACUGGUACCAACUGUGUAAGGAGAAGCUGGGGAAACCAUUGCCUCCACAGUAUGCCCUGGAACUGCUCACAGUCUAUGCCUGGGAACGUGGGAGUAGAUUCACUGAGUUCAACACAGCCGAGGGCUUCAGGACAGUCUUGGAACUGGUCACCAACUACAGGCAGCUUCGAAUCUACUGGACAGAGUAUUAUGACUUUCAAGACCAGGAGGUCUCCAACUACCUGCACAGUCAGCUCAGCAGAGCCAGGCCUGUGAUCCUGGACCCGGCUGACCCAACAGGGAAUGUGGCUGGUGGGAACUCAGAUGGCUGGGAGCGAUUGGCAGGAGAGGCUGUGGCCUGGCUUCGGUACCCUUGCUUUAAGAAGAGGGAUGGUUCACAAGUGUGCUCCUGGGAUGUGCCGACGGAGGUUGACGUGCCAUAUCAGGAGAGUCAUUUUUUUCGAAAUCUCUGUUUAUUUUUGUUAUUUUUGUUUUUUUUUCAUUGUUUCAAGGGCUUCUUCUGCAUAACUAAGGCUAGCCUGGGCUCACCAUCCUCCUGCCUCAGUGCUGGGAUGACUGCAGCGUAGGCAUGAUGUGCCCUGCCUUCCCUCCAUCCUCAAAUGGAGGAAAACUGGACUUGCAUCCUCCUGUGAGCACAGCAGCACCUGCCCAGAAGGCUCCGGAGUCAAGGGAUGUGCUCCUCUGUGCAGGCCUUGACCAGAGAGGGCCGGAUGCUGCCCAAGGCCCCAGUGAGAGAGUGUCCAACCUGGGGUCAGACUCCAGGCUCCCGACACCUGCCUGCCCACCCUUCCAUCCUGCUCCAUCACAGACAGCCUUCCUCACAGCCUGCUUCAUCCGCCUUAUCCUCUGAUGGUGUUCUCUGGGGGAAAAGAGAUUCAGAAGGGAGGGGAGAACUCAAGCUUGACUUCCCUCAGCAAUGGACAGAGAAGAACCAAAUCAUUACAGCUUGUUUUUUUUCCAGGUAGCUUGGGAAUCCCUCCAGGUUGCUUAUACAUAAACCAGAGACAGGAAUCCUUGGUUCCUUCUUGCCAAGAGCUGUUGGUUGCAAGAGGCCGUGGGCAUGUGCAGCAGUGAAAGCUAAUGUUUAACAAGUCGACCCACUUGGGGAGCCCCCCUUGGCAAAGCUGUGGGGCUAUUGACUGUAAAUGACUGGUUGUUUUCUGUCUGUAACUUUCUUAGUUGCCACUACUAUACCUCCCUUAUAAGAACAGCUGUGGGGUUCUUUCCAUAGCCCUUUGGUGGUGUGUUUUACUCUUACUGAGCUCACAUAUAGCUGGCCAGGAAGAUGAUGCUUAAUCUGUAUAACUCUGAUGAAUAGAAAUAAUAGUAGGAUUUUUUUUUUUUUACAUUACUCAGACUGGCAUAGGAUUCUCAGUCACAAAAACAGCCUUUUACACAGACAGCUAACUUUAGACUUCACAGCAGUUUCAAAGCAGGCUGGUUGCCCCUAGAGACAAAUACAGGAGGUCAUUUUCCCAGGUGUUGUUUUGCUGAUUCAAGGUCAGUAUAAAAGCAACUUUAGACAAAACUCCCUGCAGCAAUGGACUUUCCGGCACGCUGUCUCCAACUUAAAGGUUCAGCCAAUUGUUUACUGUCUGGGAACCCUCACCCACUCAGAACUACUUGCAAGGCCAUGGUUUCUCACUGGCCACUCAAUAUGACAUUCCUAGCCUAAGAGAAACUUGUGAUUUAACUCAGUGUAUCAGAAGUUCAUAAUGGUCAUAGACAACCAUGUUUGAUAGCCACCAGAGUCACAAAUUCACUGCACUUUUUAUUUUUCCUUGAACCCCAGCCUGCAUGCUGCAGCCACAAUACAUCUUCCUGUGCACUUCUUGAAGGACCAAAAAUGAAAAUUAAUAAAAGUUUAAAAACUUGGGCCCUGAAAAGGGAACUUCUUAUGACUGGGAAUGCGAUGGCUGGCUCCUGAGACCGGCUCUCAGAGAAGUGGAGGUGACUGUCCACCACUUGUGUCAACAUUCCUAUGUCUGCUAAUUGCUAAGGUUGUAAAGAUCCUUCAGCCCAGGGGAUAACUGACAGACCCUGUGACUCUGUAACCCUGCAACCUGGUGCCUUGUCUUACCUUACUCAGAUGUAUCUUGCUUAAAAUAUAUAGUUACUGUUUUACUUUGUACUUUGUAUGUCUUUAAGUAACCAUGGAAACGCUGAAAUUUGUGGCCUUCAACCUUAUGGUCUUCCCCUUUAAAAGUUUCUCUUUAUGGCUCGUUGGCAUCCCAUUUCCCUGCCAUGGAGUGAGAUCCAAGCUGGCCAGCUUGAACAAUAAAAAGAAACCUUUGCUUUUGC